CGCGCCGUGUGCCAUUCGUGGCUGCCGGGUUGACCUUCCUGGCCGGGUCUCUCUUCUUCCUCUCGCAAUCCAAUUGCUCGCUUCAUGCCGCUCACGAACUCCCCUCCAAUUACGAUCCACUUGGUUUGCUUAAACUGCAUGGUUAAUCGCACAUCAAGCCACGGGCCAGCUUAAUCUCCCGUAUAAAAGUCCCACCAGUCGCAUCGUACUAAGGUUAAACGCGCAGCUAGCUAGCCAGCCAGCCACACCACCGGGUCCGCGUCUGCUCCCGGCCCGCCCGCCGGCACCGGGGCACGCGCAGCACUCGUGCGGUGAGCUCAGCUCAGGUGCCAUGGCGGCGUCCGGCGGCGCGUACGCGGCGCAGCUCCCGGCGGUGCCGGAGUGGCUGAACAAGGGCGACAACGCGUGGCAGCUGACGGCGGCGACGCUGGUGGGCAUCCAGUCCAUGCCGGGGCUGGUGGUGCUGUACGGCAGCAUCGUGAAGAAGAAGUGGGCCGUGAACUCGGCCUUCAUGGCGCUCUACGCAUACGCCUCGUCGCUGCUGGUGUGGGUGCUGGUGGGCUUCCGCAUGGCGUUCGGGGAGCGCCUGCUCCCGUUCUGGGGCAAGGCCGGGGUGGCGCUCUCCCAGGACUACCUGGUCCGCCGCGCCGCGCUCUCGGCCACGGCGCACGGCGCCACGCCGCGCACCGAGCCCUUCUACCCGGAGGCCACGCUGGUGCUGUUCCAGUUCGAGUUCGCCGCCAUCACGCUGGUGCUCCUCGCCGGCUCCGUCCUGGGCCGCAUGAACAUCAAGGCCUGGAUGGCCUUCACCCCGCUCUGGCUCCUCUUCUCCUACACCGUCGGCGCCUUCAGCCUCUGGGGCGGCGGCUUCCUCUACCACUGGGGCGUCAUCGACUACUCCGGCGGAUACGUCAUCCACCUCUCCUCCGGCGUCGCCGGCUUCACCGCCGCCUACUGGGUGGGCCCGCGGCUGAAGAGCGACCGGGAGCGCUUCUCCCCGAACAACAUCCUGCUGAUGAUCGCCGGCGGCGGGCUGCUGUGGAUGGGCUGGGCCGGGUUCAACGGCGGCGCGCCCUACGCCGCCAACAUCGCCGCGUCCGUGGCCGUGCUCAACACCAACGUCUCCGCCGCCACCAGCCUCCUCACCUGGACCUGCCUCGACGUCAUCUUCUUCGGCAAGCCGUCCGUCAUCGGCGCCGUGCAGGGCAUGAUGACGGGGCUCGUCUGCAUCACCCCCGGAGCAGGGCUGGUGCAGACAUGGGCGGCGGUGAUCAUGGGCGUGUUCGCGGGCAGCGUGCCGUGGUUCACCAUGAUGAUCCUGCACAAGAAGUCGGCGCUGCUGAUGCGGGUGGACGACACGCUGGCGGUGUUCCACACGCACGCCGUCGCGGGCCUGCUGGGCGGCGUCCUCACGGGGCUGCUGGCCACGCCGGGGCUCCUGGAGAUCGAGUCCCCCGUGCCGGGCCUCCGCGGCGCCUUCUACGGCGGCGGCAUCCGGCAGGUCGGGAAGCAGCUGGCGGGCGCCGCGUUCGUGGUGGCGUGGAACGUCGUGGUCACCUCGCUCAUCCUGCUCGCCAUCGGCCUGGUGGUGCCGCUGCGGAUGCCCGACGAGCAGCUCAUGAUCGGCGACGACGCCGCGCACGGGGAGGAGGCCUACGCGCUCUGGGGCGACGGGGAGAAGUUCGACGCCACGCGGCACGACGCGUCCAGGGUCGGUGGCGGCGGCGCCGGCGGCAUGGAGAGGGACGGCUCGGUGGAGCAGCGGCUCUCGGGCAUGGGAGCCAGGGGCGUCACCAUCCAGCUGUAGGAAUGGAGCGUGACUCGUGAGGGGAGGGUAGGUUUUGCUGUUAUCUCCUGUUGUUGUAUCUGGAGGAUGGAUCGAUGUUGGCCAUCGGUCUUCAAUCUAACUGGCGAUGAAGAAAAAUUCGAUUGUUUCCUAGGCACAGGCCAUUUUUUUGUCAGGAAAAGAUCGAUGGUGUCUUUAGCAGAUAACUUCUUCACAACCAUCAUGUAUCAUAUUUCAUCGUAUAUUUGGGCCAGAGUGGGCAUCGUGUUACUAAACAGCGUGUAUCCUAAGAGCAAGUUUAAUAAGCUUGGCGAUAAGCCAAGCUGACUCA